GGUCCAGUUUUCCCUACUUCCAUGUGCUUUUCUAGGAACCUCAGAAAACCUCUCCUGAAAGUUGGUCUGUGGCUAGCCUACAAGCAGCCACUUUCCUGUCAGCUCUGACAGCUUUGCCGGCGAUCAUCACUCUACCAAGAGAAGACUUUCCGUGUUUGGUGGUUGCCGCAGAUCGUUAGCGUGGACAGGGCGUCAUGGCUGCCUUAGUGCCGGCGACUGCAUUCCGUGCACCCGGAGCGGCGGUGCACCAUGCAUCAUCAUCAGCGACGUUCGCAGGAGGCGUGUCGUCGUCGCGGCUCCUCCCCGUGGCGUCGCCUGCCGUCGCCAGCCGGAUGCCUGUCGCUACCCGUGCCGUCGCAGUGCCUCCUGCUCCCAGCAAGCAGAGCUCCCCCGCAUCUACUGGCGCGGUGAAGUCGCCCAUGACGAUGACGGAGAAGAUCCUGGCGCGCGCGGCGGAGAAGGCGCGGGUGGCGCCGGGCGAGAACGUGUGGGUGAACACGGACGUGCUGAUGACGCACGACGUGUGCGGCCCCGGCACCAUCGGCAUCUUCAAGAAGGAGUUCGGCGCCGACGCUAAGGUGUGGGACCGCGAGAAGAUCGUGAUCAUCCCCGACCACUACAUCUUCACGGCGGACGAGCGCGCGAACCGCAACGUGGACAUCCUCCGGGACUUCGUGCAGGAGCAGGGCAUCAAGUACUUCUACGACAUCACCGACCGCAGCAACUUCCAGGCCAACCCCGACUACAAGGGCGUGUGCCACGUGGCUCUCGCGCAGGAGGGGCACUGCCGACCAGGCGAGGUGCUGUUUGGCACAGAUUCGCACACGUGCAACGCGGGCGCGUUUGGGCAGUUCGCCACGGGCAUCGGCAACACGGACGCCGGGUUCAUCCUCGGCACGGGCAAGUGCCUGCUCAAGGUGCCCGCCACCCUUCGGUUUGUGUUGGACGGAGAGAUGCCGCCCUACCUGCUGGCCAAGGACCUCAUCCUGCAGAUCAUUGGCGAGAUUGGAGUGGCAGGGGGCACGUACCGCGCCAUGGAGUUCACAGGGACUGCUGUUGAGGCCAUGACGAUGGAGGAUCGCAUGACGCUGUGCAACAUGGUCAUUGAGGGUGGGGGAAAGAACGGAGUCGUGGCGGCGGACAAGACCACCUUCGCCUACCUUGAUGGCAAGACCCAAUUGACGCACGAGCCCCUCUACAGCGAUGGCAACGCCAGCUUCUAUGAGGAGUAUCGGUUCGACGUCUCCAAGCUCGACCCUGUCGUUGCCAAGCCCCACUCGCCUGACAACCGCGCAACUGCACUGGAGUGCCGUGACAAGAAGGUGGAUCGCUCGUACAUUGGCUCAUGCACGGGCGGCAAGACAGAGGACUUCCUCGCCGCUGCCAAGCUCUUCCAUGCCGCUGGCAAGAAGGUGGUUGUGCCGACCUUCCUGGUGCCUGCCACUCAGAAGGUGUGGAUGGACAUCUACACCAUGCCGGUGCCAGGGGCGGACGGCAAGACCAUGGCGCAGAUCUUUGAGGAGGCUGGCUGCGACACGCCUGCCGCCCCCUCCUGCGCUGCGUGCCUGGGCGGGCCCAGGGAUACGUAUGCCCGCAUGAACGAACCCCAGGUGUGUGUGUCCACCACCAACCGCAACUUCCCUGGCCGCAUGGGUCACAAGGAGGCGCAGAUCUAUCUGGCUUCUCCCUUCACUGCUGCGGCCUCGGCUCUGACUGGCCACAUCACUGACCCUCGGGAGUUCCUUGGCUGAUUGCUUGUGUGUCUUGUAUCGUUACCAUCAUGUUGCACUGUAUGCGAUUGUAUGAUUACUAAGGUGGCUGGUACUGAUGUAUCAGCUUUUCAUCAGGGUUGAAUUGCUUAUGGAGAGCAGUGUGACCAUAUGAAGUUAUGAUAUCAUAACAUUCAUGGUAUCUCGAAUCCUUCUAACGUAUCCUGAAGUAUAGCGC